CUGUGGACCAGGUGACCUGUAGCUCAGAGAUCAUCUCUGCCUUCGUCUCCUGAGUUCUGGGGUUAGAGCUGUGCGCCACUACGCCGGGCAAAUACAUACAGUGUUUAAAAAAGAUUCACUGUUGCUGAUCCCCUUUUUAAUUUGUUCAGGGUGCCGAAAGGUUAUUUCAAGGCAAUUUACGAGCUCAAUUUUAGAAGCGCAUAGGACAGAAGAAUUAAGGGAAAUGAGGGGCUUCUGCAUGUUGCUCUCAGCCAUGAAGCAACGCAUUUAAGAGAAGAAACCAUCUACCUGACACCGCCCUCUAAGAGGAUUUAAACCACCCCUCAGUCGGUCAACCUCAGCCUCGACGGGCAGUCCGCGCAGGCUCGGAGCGGGGGCGUCGGAUAUUCUCCCCCGGGCCGAGCCAUUUCCCACAAGGCCGCGUUCCGGAAGCCGCCGGUCCCGUAGCGUGACUGGCUCGGUGGGGUAGCUCUCUCUUCGUCACCAGGAGGAAGCGGAGCUGGCAGCCGGCUCCCGGCCCGUCGCCGAAGGCAGUUAUGGGCGCCGUGCUCCCGGUUCCAGAUUGCAAAGAGAAGAACAGCAUGUUUAGAUUGUAGAUUUGAAGAUUUGAAAAGCAAUUUACUACAGUAGAGAAACAGCCCGGUUUCUCUUGCUCUCUAGGUUGUAAUUUUGUGUCAGUGAGCCAUCCAUGAAGUGCCAGCAUGGGAAAGAAACGAACAAAGGGGAGAAAUGUCCCAGCUACGGCUUCCUCAGAGUCUGCAGAAACAAUGUGCAGACACCUUAGAAAAGGGUUGGAACAAGGCAAUUUGAAGAAAGCUUUAGUGAAUGUGGAGUGGAAUAUCUGCCAAGACUGUAAGACUGACAAUAAAGUGAAAGAUAAGCCCGAGGAAGAAGCGGAAGACCCUUCAGUUUGGCUGUGUCUGAAAUGUGGCCACCAGGGCUGUGGCAGAGAUUCUCAGGAGCAGCAUGCCUUGAAGCACUACUCGACACCAAGAUCUGAGCCUCACUAUCUGGUGCUUAGUUUGGACAACUGGAGCGUCUGGUGCUACAAAUGCGACGAGGAAGUCAAAUACUGUAGUUCAAACCGGCUGGGCCAAGUGGUCGAUUUUGUUAGAAAACAAGCUAGCACUACAACUCGAAAACCAGCAGAGAAAGAUAAUGGACACAUUGAACUUGAAAAUAAAAAGUUGGAAAAAGAGAGUAAAAAUGAACAAGAGCGAGAGAAAUCGGAAAACAUGGCUAAAGAAAAUAUUCCCAUGGACUCUGCUUCCCAGAUAACCAUGAAAGGACUCAGUAAUUUGGGAAAUACUUGUUUCUUCAAUGCUGUUAUGCAGAAUUUGUCCCAAACACCAGUGCUUAGAGAACUUCUAAAAGAAGUGAAAAUGUCUGGAACAAUUGUGAAAAUAGAGCCACCCGACCUGGCACUUACAGAACCUUUAGAAGUAAACCUUGAGCCUCCAGGACCUCUUACUUUAGCUAUGAGCCAGUUUCUUAAUGAGAUGCAAGAGAACAAAAAGCGAAUUGUAACACCUAAAGAGCUCUUUUCUCAGGUCUGUAAAAAAGCAACACGUUUUACAGGGUUCCAGCAACAAGACAGCCAGGAGCUACUUCGCUACUUACUGGAUGGCAUGAGAGCGGAAGAACACCAAAGAGUGAGUAAAGGAAUUCUUAAAGCAUUUAAUUCUACUGAAAAAUUGGAUGAAGAAGUAAAAAAUAAAGUUAAAGACUAUGAAAAGAAAAAGACAGUCCCAAGCUUUGUGGACCGCAUCUUUGGUGGCGAGCUGACUAGUACAAUCAUGUGUGAUGAGUGCAGGACUGUCUCUUUGGUGCACGAAUCUUUCCUUGAUUUGUCUCUCCCAGUUUUAGAUGAUCAGAGUGGUAAGAAAAACACAAAUGAUAAAAAUGUGAAAAAGACAAUGGAGGAAGAAGAUAAAGACAGUGAGGAAGAAAAAGAUGACAGCUACAUGAAAACAAGAAGUGAUAUGCCUUCAGGAACCAGCAAGCACAUACAGAAAAAAGCAAAGAAGCAAGCCAAAAAGCAAGCCAAGAACCAACGAAGGCAACAAAAAAUUCAAGAGAAAGUUCUUCACUUAAAUGAUAUCUGUACCACUGACCAUACUGAAGACAAUGAACACGAAGCCGAAAUGUCACUUCCGGGAGAAGCGGAAGUGGAUAUUGAGUCCAACCAUGGUUCUCAAGAGGAGGUUUUACAUACAGAGCUUUAUGUUGAUGAGAAAGAUUUCAAUGGCCAAGAGAAAAUGAUAGAAAAUACAACUGACAGUCAGAAAUGUCCAGAGGCACUAGGUGUGAAAAGUGUCAACAUGGAGUGUGAUCUGGGGAUUUCGACAUCUGCUACUGAAUGUACUAGGGUUUUAAAUGAUGCCUUUCUAGAGGAAAGGACCAAUGGAGAAUUUGACAUUACCAGUGGUUUAAAAAACCUUAACUUGAAUGCUGCUAUUCAUCCUGAUGAAAUAAAUAUAGAGAUUCUGAAUGACAGUCAUUCUUCUGUGACAAAGGUGUAUGAGGUCAUGAAUGAGGACCCAGAAACUGCCUUCUGCACCCUUGCCAACAGGGAAGCUUUCAGUGCUGAUGAGUGUUCAAUCCAGCAUUGCUUGUAUCAGUUCACCCGUAAUGAGAAGCUUCAAGAUGCAAAUAAACUGCUUUGUGAAGUAUGCACAAGACAGCAGGGUCGUGGACCAAAGACAAAUAUAAAAGCAUCUUGCGUUUCUGUAGGUGAGAGGAAACAUGUUUACACCAAUGCAAAGAAGCAGAUGCUGGUUUCUCAUGCUCCUCCAGUCCUCACUCUCCAUUUGAAGAGAUUUCAGCAGGCUGGUUUUAACCUACGCAAAGUUAACAAACACAUAAAGUUCCCGGAAAUCUUAGAUUUGGCUCCUUUUUGUACUCUUAAAUGUAAGAUCUGUGAUGAAGGCACCAUGACUUGUCUUUCAGAAGAUUUCAAGAUUAGAGAAGCUAUGCUGCUGUGUUUGCACUAUGUUAAUAAUGUUGCUGAAGAAAGUACAAGAGUACUGUAUUCCUUAUAUGGAGUUGUUGAACACAGUGGUACUAUGAGGUCAGGGCAUUACACUGCCUACACCAAGGCAAGAACUGCAAGUAGUCGUCUUUCUAAUCUUGUUCUUCAUGGUGACAUUCCACAAGACUGUGAAAUGGAAUCCACUAAAGGGCAGUGGUUUCACAUCAGCGACACAUUUGUGCAACCUGUGCCUGUAGCCAAAGUACUAAACUCACAAGCGUAUCUCCUAUUUUAUGAGAGAAUACUGUAGUAACAAAAGUGCUUUCUCUGAAAUACAUCUAUGGCUUUUAUAUUGGCUCCAUAACAAAGAGAACAAUAAAAAGUUAAACUAUAAAUUAUGUUCACAUAAGUAAACGACAGUUUAUUUAAAUACCUAUUCAUAAGUUUUUGUAUUGUCAUACUGGUUUUUAUUGCCUUAUCAAAGGAAAUUUGAAAUACUAAAAUCGUUUUUAAUCUGA